AAGCCUGCGUCUGGUGGAGGGAGAGUGAGCGGGGCUGCCCUGAAUGGAUUGACAUAAGAGGGAUUUACAUUUGAACGGUGCUCCGCCAGGACCUGCAGCCGAGAGCCUUCCAUCCAGCUGCAUGCGCGCUCCCACCGUCGGUGCUCGGACCAUGUCCAUGUGUCAUCGUCGAAAGAGGCUUGAAGUUAACAAUCUAUAUUCUGCCGAGGAGGGGAAACCAAUACAAGGUCUCGCUGUCUCGCUGGAGCGGAGUAUUAUUAGCAGUUCAGACAGUGCAACUGUCUCGCUGUGGGGAUGCACUGCAAUAACACACUAACAGCGUCAUUAUUCACAGUUCAAGGAUAAUACACAAAAAAAAGAAGAUUUUAAGAAGAAAAUUUAACAUUUUUGUCUAAGCAAGGAGUAAACAAUCACCUGGCUCCCAUGCUGGCUGCCAGAAGUCCUCUCCUCAACACCCUCAGCCAUGCCUGCUACUACCACCAGGAGAAAGACUCUUGCUCAGAGGAGGAAUGGCCAGAGAGGGACCAGCACCAAGGGGCAAAUCUGUAACACAGAUAAAGCCAGAGGAAGAGCAACAGAAAAGCCCCUGAAAACACCUGCAGAAUCCACAAGGUCAUCAGCUAGAGCUCAAGCAAAGUCAGGUCGAAGUCCCUGUGGGAGGGGAGUUAAGGUGCCCACUGGUAAAGAUCACAGGGGGUCCCCUGGCAGAGUUAGCCAUGCUCCAAAUGUAACAGGUUCUACGAGGCUUAGACGAUCGAAGAGUCCGCCUAAAAGCUGUGACAAGUUACAAGCCCCCCUCGGGCGGAGGAAGUCCCAGCGAGGUGCACAAGAGUCUGCAGCCCCCAGCGAGUCUCCCAACCCUUAUAGAGGUAGAAAAAACAGCAGGGGGAGCACUGGGAGGACAGCAGCAUCACAGCACAGAAACACAAGAAACCAACCCUUUAACAUCAGCAUCAACAACUUGACUCUUGAUAAGGAAAAUGAGAAAGCUGACAACAGCAACGAUGAAGAAGUCCCAGCUGUAUAUCAUACAACUAAAGAUGAAGUUCCAGACAAUAUCAAAGACCAGGCUCUUGAAGUCAGUGACGCUAAAGAACACAGUCCUUUCAACGCUGAUUCACGAGCGUGUAACGACACACCGGGAGACAGUCUGCAGCACAGCUGUAGCACGCUUGUAACCCAGAAAGUCCAAAAGACUGUCAGCCAUAACAGCGAACAUGACUCCGAGCAGGUUCCAGGGUGCGCUGACAUUGAUAGACAGCGAACACUCUGUGAUGAUGGGCGUAAAGAUUGCCCCUCUGACACCUCAGAGUUAACGAGCGUUGGCUCAUCAGGGGUGCAGGCCAGCCGCGAGGGAAAUGACACUUCAUCUAUCCUUGGAAAUGAGCUUGAUCAUCUUGCCAGCAGUGGUAAGCCAGAUGGUGAGUGUAUUGUCCAACAGGAGCAGAGUAACAUGUCGAGCAUGGAAGGAAGAAGGACAGAUGAAAGUGUGACAGUCACUCAGAAAAAAGAGGACACAAAACAUGAGAGAGGACAGAGUUUGGAAGCAGGGAGGGGGGACGAGACACAGAAUGAGACUGCGGAAGAGAUGGAGGAGAUUGCUGAGAGUGCGGAGGGAGGAAACAUAGAAGAGCAAAACAGUGUUUCCAUCAGUUCUGCCGACUCCCAAAUCAGCACCGUAGCCCCUCAAAUCCCAGAUACACCUCAUUCUACGAAGAGAUUGAGUGCAGAGUCAGAUACACCUUCACCUGUGCUGCUAGUCUCCAACAUAGCUACCUCAAAUCCCACCAAAGCCCUCUCCACCUCAGACUCCCCUGAGUUUGAGGAUGUGAGCCAGGCUAAGACAGAUGCUCAACCUACCAUUCAUGGUGCUAAACCUCAACUCCCAGGGUCUUCAGCAGUCUCUGACACUGCCCCGAAGAUGCAGACCGUUAUAGUAAAAAGAAGUACUCCAGUUAUCAUCUGUAUGGAUUCCCUCAAACCUAGGAGCUCGAGGGAUUCCAGCCAUGGAGACUCACACCAGGCGCACUGCUUAGGGAUCCCAUCUCCAGGUAGAGAAACACAAGCUUGCACACCAGCAGAGACCAAAGACAAGCAAGUCAGUCAAGAACCACAAGGACCUAACUUCCAGAGAGAAAUACCUUUAUUCUCUUUGCCAUCAGUAACUCAGUCAAACACAGCUGCACCCCUCAACCUCAGCGAGGACGGCAUUCAGGUAGCAGUGCCAGAUCAGGACUUAGUGCCAAAGAUCUCCACUCCUUCUUUGGACAGCAUCUCCACCUUCUCCUGCAGCUCAGAAAGCACCCGCUCCUCUUUUUCUUUCGACACCGAAUCAGAGGCAGGAUACGGAGAGCUCGGCUUCUCUGCCCUACAAGGAACCUGGGGGCCGGAGGGGGCCAGUGUGCUCUCCACGACAACUACUCCCAAACCACAGAGGAAGGAGAGGAAGAAGCGGAACAGGUGUGGGACGUGCGAGCCAUGCCUCAGGAAGAUUAACUGUGGCCAGUGCAGCUGUUGCUUCAAUCGCAGGACCGGUCACCAGAUCUGUAAGCUGAGGAAGUGUGUGGAACUGAAAAGGAGAAGACCUUCAUCUGGACUCAGUUGCGCUGCUGCACAGGUGAUUCCAGAGAGUGGGUCGGUAAAUGGCAAAGGCAAGGCGGAGAUGGACGACACUCACAUGGCAGCGGAGGAGGAUGAGGGGGAGGAAGGCCACAUACCUCAAACGCAGACUCCCCCCAUCACCCACUCGCUCACCCACGACCUGGCCUCAGACCAAGGUGGACGGCCGGCACUUAUUAAAACAGAGCCUGGGCUGGAGCUGACCAGCAUUGCACUUCACCAACACGUACGCUCUUUUACAAAUGGUCAGAACGGUUCUGCUGAGAACCCGACAAAACCUAAUGGUGCUAAUAUGACCGGUGGAUCACACUCUGAUCUGACAACCGCAUGUAAAAGGACUACACUGACAUCAGAGCCUCUAAGGACUAUAAUAACUCCAGUCCCUAAAGACUGCUCUCAGAAUGGACCCAAGACUCCUCCAGAUGACAUGCCGGUUCCACUAAAGAAGAUUAAACUGGAGGAGCCGUGGGGGUGGAUCACUGAACAGACCCCCCCGCCACUGAAUGAUGGAGAUGAUGUGUGCGAAGACCCGCUUUCUACGCUGGCAGCCGUUGUCUGUCUGUCCGUCACGGAGAGGCAGGGACUGGAGCAGAAACUUUACAGCUCACGCUCUUCCAUUCUCUGCUCCAUCAAAACAGAACCACCAGAUUUGCACUUUGUCAAAAAAGAGAAAGACAUCAUAAAUAGUGAUGUUUCUCAGAAAAGCACUCCUGAUUACUUGCAAAGAACUCUCCAACCCAUCAAAACUGAGCCUCCUGCAAGCGUCCUCUUACCAAGUGUGCAGUCUUUGGCGGAGAAGAGAAAGCUUAGCUUUGAUCAGGCUAUUGCCAUUGAGGCUCUGACUCAGCUGGCAGCUAUACCUCAAAGCACCCUCGGUUCCAUUAAAGCUGAAAGUAAGUGUGAACAUCCCAUUUCUACUACUUCACCAUUUUCAAUUUCCAGUACAAAUGCAGCCUUGCAAGACUCUAAUCCCAAAGCAGCUACUCCCUACAACAAAGUCUCUGUCAUUAGUUCACCGCUACACCAGACAUCAGUGAUACGCCCUCCUGUGGCCAGACAAGGAAAUGUCAUCCAGUGUUCUCGAGGGUUCAGCUCUGACACAAAGCUGUCUCUGCCAGACCUCUUGGAGGCCCGCUCCAACGGCGAUAAAACACCUUGCAAGUGGAAAGAGCAGGGCUGCGGUGCUCCCGGCAUCAAAUCCGAAUGCAGCUAUAAAGACGCCGGUCUCACGGUGAUCUGUAAGGAUAAAGGGCGGCUGAUCGGGGAGGACAGAGACACAGUUGUGAGCAAGGUGAUGAGGAACAGAGAUGAGGAGGAAGUGGCAGCUCAGCUUGCAGACCUGGCUUUUAUCAUCCAGUCUCGACACAACCAGCUGUCGGAGAACAACCCUCCGAGGGGAACACCUGUAUCAGCUAUCAAGUACAACUACAAAUCCCAGGAAUCUCCCAGUCAGAAAAAAACUCCUCUAAAAAAAGCAAAAGCGAUGCCCUCCAGGCCUAGGAAGAGGAAAGGCGAGGGAUUAGAUGGGGUAAUCAACCGCAGGACCCCCCUCUCAAAGUGCAUGCCAAAUGGAGAGACGCCCCAUAGGAGCAGAGGCCAGAAGAGCCUCCCGCAUGGGAAAUCAAGCCUUCACCACAAGAACAACGUAUUUCUUCCCCAGGCUCAAAUUGACUUGAAGAGAUACGUGGCUGAAGCUGAGGAGGAAAGGAGGCAACUCCUUCAAAGUAAUAUACACAAUAACGGCCUCACAGGGCAGCAGACUCAGAACAACAGCACUCUAAUAAGGACCAGCUACACUCAUGGUCAAGAAAACCAGCCCUGGCCUCUUGACGAUGGUCCACUUCACCAACACAAUCCAUGCAAUGGUUACGCCGCAGGGCCAGAAGAGUGUCAUUUGUUAUCUCAGGUAACGCAGCCUUGUGGUGGGCUGCAGAACUGUGCUGAUCCCAACACCAGACCAGCAAAAACUGCCUUUGUCCGCCACGCAACUGGGCACCACGGUCUGGCGAAUGGGUUCUCAGGACCUUCUCAGUCCCCUCCUCCAAGCCAACAGGGUUACUACAAGCUGGAGCAGUCAGGACCCGUUACUGUCCUGAGCACGGCUUCAGACGGCGUUCAGGGCCACUCCGUAGAGUCAACUCCGACUAAGAGCAGCAUCAAUGGCUUUCUGGAGUCUCCAAUGAGCUUCCUGGAUACCCCUACCAAGAACUUGCUCAAUACACCUUCCAAAAAACUGGCUGAUCUUCCAUCCUGUCAGUGUGUGGACCAAAUCAUUGAAAAGGAGGAAGGGCCUUACUAUACUCACCUUGGGGCAGGGCCCAGUGUUGCUGCAGUGAGGCAGCUGAUGGAGAUAAGGUAUGGCGCCACAGGAAAUGCAGUAAGGGUGGAAGUUGUUGUUUACACUGGGAAAGAAGGAAGGAGCUCCCAAGGGUGCCCUAUAGCUAAAUGGGUGAUCCGGCGAGGCAGCGAAGAGGAGAAAUUGCUGUGUUUGGUCCGUCGGAGGCCAGGGCACACCUGCGACACUGCUGUGCUGGUGAUCCUCAUUUUGGCAUGGGAGGGAAUCCCCCGGCCAGUGGCGGACCACCUCUACCAGGAGCUGACAGAUACCCUCUUCAAAUACGGCUCCCCCACCAGCCGCCGCUGUGCCCUCAAUGAAGAUCGCACGUGUGCAUGUCAAGGCUUGGACUCGGACACUUGUGGAGCCUCGUUUUCCUUCGGCUGCUCCUGGAGUAUGUACUUUAAUGGCUGCAAGUUUGCUCGCAGCAAAGUGCCCCGCAAGUUUCGUCUUCUUGGAGACCUCCGGGAAGAGGAGGAGAAGGUGGAGAACAAUCUUCAGAAUCUUGCCACUGACCUUGCACCACUUUACAAAAGACUGGCCCCUGAUGCUUUCCAGAACCAGGUGGAGUAUGAGGCAGCAGGGGAAGACUGCAGGCUGGGCAAGAAGGAGGGACGUCCCUUUUCUGGAGUCACGGCCUGUGUGGACUUCUGCGCCCACGCCCACAAGGACACCAGCAACAUGAACAACGGCAGCACUGUGGUUUGCACUUUAACAAAGGAAGAUAACCGUGCAGUGCGUAAUAUACCAGAGGAUGAACAGCUCCAUGUGUUACCACUUUACAAGAUUGAUCACAGGGAUGAGUUUGGUCAGGUUCAGGGCCAGUGGGCCAAGAUCCACAGUGGUGCUCUGCAGGUUCUGUCCUCAUUUCCACGAGAGGUGCGUCUACUGGCUGAGCCUGCAAAAUCAGCUCGUAAGAUGAGGCAAGAAGCUCGCCAGAAGGCUCAAGCGGACAGGAUGGAGAAAAAGCUGGGACUGACUUCUCCCAGUCCUGGGAAAGUGAAAACUGAGAUUGCCAAACAAGAGUCACAAGGCUUCUACAGCUCUUACAAACUACUACCCAGACCUGCCAAUUUUGGAAGGUUGCCUCCAGAAAGAAAUCAACCCAGCGCUUACAGUCAGAGCACCAGCAGCUACUCCACUCCAGGUGCCGGGGUCCCCCCGCAGAUGGAGGUCAUCAGCCCUAACCACCAUGGACUUCCUGGCCUCCAGUUUAUACAGAAUGGCUCUGCUCUGAACUGUAAAACAGUGAGUGACACCAUGAACAGUCAUUCUCCAGCAUCUGGUGAACAGGGUGCUCCGUUAGAACGUAUACCUCUACACAACACCCAAAGUGACUAUGCUUUUAAAACUGAGCCCAACAAGGUGCACUGCUCUCCUCUGCACAGACUCUCCCCCAACGGGAGAGCCCCUCCUCCAGCCUCCUUCUCCCCCAGACCUACCUCUGAGGGCCUCUUCAGCAGGCUCAACGGACUCCACCAGCCUACGGGAGCAGAAGUCCGGAGUCACGGCUUCCAUCCAGGCUCAUCUCUCCCCCCGCAAACCUCCCCACUUCCAGUACAGACUCCCCCACCUGAACCAGAGGACAUGAAGCAGGAAGAGGUGUGGUCAGACAGCGAACACAACUUCCUGGACCAAGACAUAGGCGGGGUCGCUGUGGCACCAUCCCACGGCUCCAUCCUAAUUGAAUGUGCACGGCGGGAGCUCCACGCCACUACCCCCAUCCUCAGACCAAACCGCAGCCACCCCACCCGCAUUUCCCUGGUCUUUUACCAGCACAAGUCCCUGAACGAGCCCGGCCACGGGAUGGCCAUGUGGGAUGCAAAAAUGGCCAAGCGGGAACGGGAUCGGGAGGAGGAGGCCGAGAGAUCAAGACUGGAGGGCAGCACAAGUGCAGAUACGGGGAAGAACGGUAGAAGUCUCGGAGGGUUGAAGGGAGCGGAGGAAACGGACGAGGAGACAGACGAUGCAAGGAGGGUUAUGAAUGUCCCGACACGUCAAGCUUGGACUCUACCAAGAGAUGGCGUCAUCACUGUGUCCCCUUAUGCUCUUACCCAAGUGACAGGCCCUUACAAUCGCUGGACUUAGUCAAGCUGUCUCACACACACAAAACUCCUACAGCGUGUGCUUCUGCCUUACCUCAACUUCAAACUGCUACUCUCAUUUUUGUCAUUUUCAUUGUGUUUCUCUAAUAUCUGUUCACUUUGUCCUUCUUCGUCUCUGCUGUCAUAGUGAUGAAAAGGACAAGUUUGUCGGCUUUUUAACUGUGAGUUUCGGUGUUGGUUUUUAUUGUAAACAGAUGGUGCUUUGAAGAGUUUAAAGAUGUUUUUAGCUGGUUUUAUAUACAUGAUUAAGAACAAAAAAAGAUGUGAUUAUUUAUUCUGAUCAUAACGAUUUUCUAUUUAAUUUCUGGUGUAAGCCUGUUUACUGCAAGAUUUCUAAGAUAACCUGCAUUAUGUUGUACAGUAGGAGUGUACUUUUUAUUUCAGCCAAUAGUGCUCUUCUCAUUAGCGGAGCCUCAUUGGCUUUUACUUUGGUGCCAUUUUCACUGUACUUCUUUAAGCAAAUUCAUUACGUUGCAUUAUGUAGACUUAAUAUUCUGCAUAUAUACAUAUAUAUAUAUAUAUAUGUAUGUAUAUUAACUACAGAUUGUCACAUGUAGCAUUGUGAUUGUCCUUUUGCUGCCAUUGACAUCUGUUGGCGGUUGGUGAAAGAAAUGUAUCUUGAGUUUUUUGUUCUGUUUAUUUUCUCCAAAUCUGGAUUGUUUAUCUUUUAUUUCACAGAAAUGUAUGACAUAUUAAGAAGCACUUUUUUAUUUUCUAAACUCCUAAACUUAACUUGAAAAAAGUCCAUAGGCCCUAUAUAUAUAUUUAUAUAUACGUGUGUAUAUAUGUAUAUAUAUACACGUAUAGAUACAAAUAUAUCUAUACGUAUAGAUUUAUAUAUGUUUAUAUAUAUCUAUACGUAUAUAUAUUUUAACAUGAACCUAUCUGUCACAGUGUUUCUGCAUGUGUUUGUUUCUCCCGCUUUUAAUUGAAAAUGGCAUACAUAUCUUAUCCAAUGAGACAUAGAACUCACCAUAAAGAGGAAUGGUGAAAUGCUGCAACAGUGAAGUGCUUAUCACGUUGGCACUUAACUUAUAUUCAGUUUUUGGAAUUCAAUCCUCUCAUAGGGAACAAGUGUGAUUAUAGGAAUUAAAAAGCUUACUGUAGAUUUUAAUGGUGCUACAGCAGCCUGUUUUCUUAAGAGAAACCACAAAGUGUCAGAUUUGUCAACAGAACGUGGCCAGCUUUCUUGUCCAUAGUGUGGAUGUAAACACAGAAAUGUGUUGGACGCUCUGGAUAAUCAAGCUGUUUCCUCUGUUGACGUGUCUUUGCUUUUGUUGUGAAACCACUCAAACAUUACAUCCCACUGAAGAUGAUUUUGAGCGGUCGACCCUUGUGUGGACUUUGUUUACAGAUAGCUUCUUUACAGGGUCUGAAUACAGGGGUUACUGUAAACUCCUGGUGAAUCAGGAUUUUUAUUCUUAUAAUUUUACCCGUGAAAGAGAAGCUCUUAAUUUUAAGAACACAUGGAUAAAAUUUUAGCACAAGCCUUCAAUGAUAUUUACACUAAUACUGACAGCAUAACAUCUCCUGUAGACACAUUUUGGGCGUUUACGCACUUAACCUUGUAUAUUUGGUGCUAACAGAACAUGAUGUCAAGGUACAAACAUUGACCUAUCCAGGUUAUAGACCCUAAAACAGGAUGGCAUGGUGCUUUUUGAAAUCACAGGUGUGUUGUGUAUUCAACACAAAGUUGGUUUUUAUCAUUUCCUUGAAUCAUUGUUGACAGAUAUCAGACUAAGCUGAAUUAAUCAAGAUGUUUGCAAGUGCCAGUAAAAAAAACAAGAGUUCCAGUGUCUUCCACAGAUGACCCAAUUCUCCAGCAAUUCUAAAAAAUCACAUCUAACAUGCAAAAUAAAUGAAUGUACCGUAAACAGUUUUGGAACACUUGAUUUACAAAAGAACGUUUUGGAACAACACGUGAAAAAAUUAAAGUUGUAAAUGUUUCUUUUCAUUUGCUGUUCGGGACCUUCUCAGUCCACGUGGAACAUUUUUGUAAGGAACUAACAACGAGCACCAGCAUUCAAAUAGACUGUAAAUAUGUAUGUGAACCACAUUGUUUUUACUGUAUUGUUAAUGGUGUUUAGACAAUGGGUGGUCUUUGAUAUUUUGAAACUGAAUUACUGUACAAUGCUGAAAGUAUUUCCAGUUUAGACUUGAGAGGAGACACAAGUUUAGCAUUCCUUUUAUGGAUGGCUGAUCUCUUUCAGGAUUGUGAAAUAAAGUCAUAUUUAUAUUUUGGACCUGA